UGGCAAUCCUUAAUGGCCCCUGUCUAGUCCUCGCUUGUGGUUCUAAGAACUUCAGCUUUGAUUAUCUGCCUACGCACCAGAUUUUCACCUGUUGUUCACGCACUAGUUCGACAUGUAUUGUUUAUUUCAAACUGGUAAUGACUUCUAUAUAUUAUAUAUUUGCGGCAGUAAUAAUAACAGCGGUGAUUUUCUAUGGAUGAUAUUUUAUUCGAUAGGAAUCCUCAGUUCAUGGAAUGGCUAUUUCCAUUUUGAUCCUGCAUUUUUAUUCUAUUUUGUGGAGGUGGUUAAUCUUUUAAAAUGGUUUCUCCAGAAAAUUUGUCACAUGAAAAUGAUAUUACAUGCCAGUCCUGUUACAUUGACAAUUUGAUAUAUUUUAUAAUAAAGAUAUACAAGCAC